GCACGCCGGGAGCUGUAGUUCCGGCGGGCGCGGGGAAUGCGGUCGCCGCCGACUCGGGAGCAGCCACCGGGCAGCGGGUGCCGCCAGGCGCCCCGGCCCCGCCAUGUCGGAGCCUGGCUCCGAAGCAGUGGAGGGGCUCUACCACGAACGGCAGCGCCUGGAGCUCUGCGCCGUGCACGCGCUCAACAACGUCCUGCAGCGGCCCUGCUUCACCCAGGAGGCGGCCGACGACAUCUGUAAACGCCUGGCGCCCGAAGCCCGCUUAAACCCGCAUCGCAGCGUUCUGGGCACGGGCAACUACGACGUCAACGUGAUCAUGGCGGCGCUGCAGAGCCUGGAGCUGGCUGCCGUGUGGUGGGACAAGCGCCGGUCACUGGAGCAGCUGGCUCUGGAGCAGAUCCUGGGCUUUAUCCUCAACGUGCCCUCGAACGUCUCGCUGGGUUUCGUGUCGCUGCCCGUGCGCCGUAAGCACUGGCUGGCCGUGCGGCAGCUCCGCGGCACUUACUACAACCUCGACUCCAAGCUCAAGGCGCCCGCUCGUAUCGGUGGCGACAGCGAGCUCAGGGCUUUCCUGCGCGAUUUCCUCUCCCAAGGCCUCUGCGAGGUUUUCCUCGUCGUGCCGAGGGCCGUGGAAGAAGCCGGCGCCUGGCUGAACCCGGAGUGACUCGGGACUUUUAAGGCGCGAAACCAAAGAAGAGAGGCAGAGGAGACGAGGGUGGCUCAGCCUGCCCCGGUCCCAAACGGGGCAAAAUUGGCCCCAAAAUGGGAGCCCACCCCUUCAGUUUGAUGUUGAGCCUGGUGCCGUCGGUGCCUCUUCCAGUGGGGAUAAAGGACGCGGUGUGAAACCAGCCGUGUUUUGUGCUUGCUGGUGCCUGGAAGGGACCUCGCAGGGUGGUGGCAGCCCGGCUGGCCCGGGAGCCCUUUUCACCCGUCUUUCCGUGCUGUCGGCAGCCCCUAAUUUGCCUGUUUUCACCUUUUUUUUUUUUUUUUGCUUGGUUUUCCCUCCUGCUGCAGGAUUUCCCUGCUGAAAUUCAGCUGGCUGUGGGGCACUGAUGGUGCCGGGGUGUUUUAGUACAACGUGACGGGUUGUCCGCUGUGCUGGCACCGUCGGAUGCCGGUUGUGCGUGUUAUGAGCGGGUUGUACGUGUCACAUGCUGGUCACGCGCACCACCUAUGCUUGUCACACGUUGGUAAGGUGUUGCCACGUGCUGGUUAAGUGUCACGCGCUGCUUGCACACCUUCCACGCUGCUCGUGCAUGCUGGAUAUGCACGGUACCCACUGGUCAUGCAUGUUGCACACCCGCUGCGCGUGUCACACUGCUUGUGCACGUUCCCCCCUUCUGCUCUGUGGCAUUGUCUCCGGCAGCUCCGCACCUUGUUUCCAGCCACCUCCGGUGCCGUGACUCCCCCCUUGUCCCCAAACUCCGCGGCAGCCUCAAGGGAGCUCAUGGCACUCAGCUGCCCUCUCCCCCUUAACUGGGGCUGGUACCCAAAUGUAGGCAAACAGGAUUAAUUAAUGCUGGGUGCUAAUUACAGCGAUGAGGGCCUCAUGGGCUGCGCUAGUGGUGUCGAUCAUGACCCUAGUGGGCUGAUUAAAACCUUGUUUCCAGA